UAUGAUCGCGUUCACUGUCGGUCGGACGUUCAUCGCUGAUCUCCACUGGUGCUUUGUAGGCGUUGACUUCUUCCAUCUACUUUGCACUUGUGUUUUUAAUAUUUUCGAAGCGAUCCGCUGGGACUUUUGAGAUCCUUUGAACGCCAUAAAAAUAAUUCACCAUGGCUCUCAGCGACGCCGAUGUCCAGAAACAGAUCAAGCAUAUGAUGGCCUUCAUCGAGCAGGAGGCAAACGAAAAGGCUGAAGAGAUCGAUGCAAAAGCGGAGGAAGAAUUCAACAUCGAAAAAGGACGUCUUGUCCAACAGCAACGACUUAAGAUUAUGGAAUUUUUCGAAAAGAAGGAAAAACAGGUUGAGCUGCAGAAGAAAAUCCAAUCUUCCAACAUGCUUAAUCAAGCUCGUCUGAAGGUCCUGAAGGUACGAGAAGAUCAUGUACGCAACGUACUUGAUGAAGCAAGGAAGAGACUGGGUGAAGUAACUCGUGAUCAAUCUCGCUACAGUCAAGUUCUCAAGUCUCUUAUUGUCCAGAGUUUGUAUCAGCUGAUGGAAGCAAACAUCGUAGUCCGAGUUCGCCAAAAUGACGUUGCAUUAACGGAAUCCAUCCUUGCAACCAUCCAAGAUACAUACAAAGAAGUCUCUGGUAAAGAUACUGUCAUUAAGGUAGACAAGGAUAACUUCUUACCUGUUGACAGUUGCGGAGGAGUAGAGCUGCUUGCUGGUAGAGGACGCAUAAAAAUCAGCAACACCCUGGAGUCUAGGCUAGAGCUUAUUGCUCAGCAAUUAGUGCCCGAGGUUCGUUCAGCUUUGUUCGGGCGCAAUCCCAAUCGCAAAUUCACCGACUAGGUGCCCAUCACUCAGCCCACAUCUGUGUCUCUACAAAACAUUCCCUUUUUCGCAACUAACAACUAUUAAAAUGUACAGUAUAUGUGGAAUCAGUAUAUGACAAUACUUCCGCUUGCAUCAAGAAUGUAUCACGUUAAAAAAAGAAAAAAAAAUACACGUUAAGUAGUUUAGUAAACAAUCAACGUGCAACGUUAUCUGAAUAAUCUUUACCCGCCCAAAACCGUUAAAAUAUAGUAUACAUAGAUUUUGAAUUUUAAUUUGUGUAUGGGGUGGGUCAAUUUCUUUCUUAUCGUUGAUAACCAUCAAACCCGCCAAGCUAAAAAUUGAAAAGUUCCAACGUGUACACUGACUGCAGGAUAGGUACUGGACGCAAACUUCUUUCAAGCAUUUAAAAUUAUGUUCAGCACAAGUAUUGCUAAAUCUACUUGAUAAUCUAAAUUCCAUUCUGCGUUUUACUUGCCUUUAAGCGCGAGCUGAUUAAUAAUUAAUAAUUGUCUUGACAAUUAAUUGAUUUGAUCAAAGUGCAAUAAAUUCAUUGUUACCGGAAUGUUUAUCUGAAACAAUGUCAUGUGGUAGCUUUACGUUGGUUAUUAUAGUAAUAUAAAUUUAUUCGUUAUACUCUAAAAGUAUUUGUGUCGUAGAGAGCAGUAUUGUUUUAUCGAUGCACCCUACAGUUGCACAGAUUAGAAGACAUCGAGUACUCAGACACACACACACACUCAUACAUUUGGCUUCACUUUUGUAGAUAGAACUUGAUUCUUUGUGGAAUACAUUGAUAAUGAUAAAUUAUAACAAUUCCAAUAUUAAGAAAUAUUGAAUUCUUUAUCGGUAUGGUAUCGGGUUUCUUGAACUUCAUGUCAUAGCACCAUUGUUGCUCUGAGCAAUUUAACAAUUAGACAUCGUUUAUCAUUACUAUGUAUCCAGUACCAAGAGCUGUACACAACCAUGAUGUUCAGAAUAUGUAUCGUUAGUGUUUCACUGUAAAUAUGUAUGUAAUUUGGUGUAUUAUAAACAGCUAAAAGAAUUACCUAAAUAUAUCUAGAACAAUUAUAAACCGAAA